UCUUGACUGGUACCUGAAUGUAGUCAUAAAAGGCACUGAGCAAAUCAAUUCAUUCCAUGGUUUUCAUGGAGAUCUCCUGAUAUCAAAAUUUAUUUCUUUUUCUUACACGUGUCUCCUCUGAUCCUCUGGAGAUGAAAAUUGACAUCCAUAGUCAUAUUCUUCCAAAAGAAUGGCCAGAUCUAGAAAAGACUUUUCCCUUUGAGGGCUGGCCAAGAUUAGAGCAUCACAUGAAUUUUCUGUCCAAGGGAGAAGCAAAGAUGGUGAAAGAUGGAAAGGUCUUCAGAGUGGUCCAAGAGAACUGCUGGAAUCCAGAAGUUCGUAUUAGAGAAAUGGAUCAAAAAGGAGUAACCGUGCAAGCUCUUUCUACGGUUCCCAUCAUGUUUAGCUACUGGGCCAAACCUCAGGACACUUUGGACCUAUGUCAGCUUUUAAACAAUGACCUAGCUGCCACUGUAGCGAGCCACCCUCGGAGGUUUGUGGGUCUAGGGACAUUGCCUAUGCAAGCACCUGAGCUGGCAGUCAAGGAGAUGGAGCGUUGUGUAAAGGAGCUGGGAUUUCCAGGGGUCCAGAUUGGCUCCCACAUCAACACCUGGGACCUGAAUGAACAAGAACUCUUCCCUGUCUAUGCAGCAGCUGAAAGGUUGAACUGUUCCCUGUUUGUGCAUCCCUGGGACAUGCAGAUGGAUGGACGAAUGGCCAAAUACUGGCUCCCUUGGCUUGUAGGAAUGCCAGCAGAAACGACCAUGGCCAUUUGCUCCAUGAUCAUGGGUGGAGUGUUUGAGAAGUUUCCAAAACUGAAAGUGUGCUUUGCACAUGGAGGUGGUGCUUUCCCUUUCACAAUGGGAAGAAUCUCCCAUGGAUUCAAUAUGCGCCCAGAUCUAUGUGCCCAGGACAAUCCAAAUGACCCAAAGAAAUACCUUGGUUCCUUUUACACAGACUCCUUGGUUCACGAUCAUCGGUCUCUUAAGCUGUUAACAGAUGUCAUAGGAAAGGAUAAAGUCAUUUUGGGAACUGAUUACCCCUUUCCACUAGGUGAGCUAGAACCUGGGAAACUGAUAGAGUCCAUGGAAGAAUUUGAUGAAGAAACAAAGGAAAAACUCAAAGCUGGUAAUGCACUGGCAUUUUUGGGUCUUGAGAAAAAACAAUUUGAAUGAAUUCAGUA